CAAAUGUAACUGGCCCCUCUAACAGUACAACUGGCCCCAGCUUGUCCCCCCCAGUUGAAAUGGUCUAGAACAGCCACUGCUCCUAUGGGGACAGUUGAAGAACCCUUUCGGAACCUUUUAGAAAAAAAGUGUAGGUUAUAAGCCGUAGCAAGGUGGUCAUUUCCAGGUUAUGAUGAGAUCUUAACUAUGACCAGUAGGCUGCAUAAUAUAGUGGUCACAAUUAUGACCAACUGGUCGUAUGGUGGUCAGAAAAAAAACGUUAUAUUCUGUGGGUUGUACCAGAGCUGGUAGGCCAGGCCCUGGCAACAGUGCUGAUGCUUGUCUCCCUGCACUGGUUUGUCUUCCUACUCAACCUGCCUGUGGCCGCCUGGAACAUGUACAGGGUUUGGAAGGUGCCCAUGGGAAACAUGGGGGUGUUUGACCCCACUGAGAUCCACAACCGGGGACAACUAAAGUCUCACAUGAAGGAGUCCAUGAUCAAACUCGGCUUCCACCUGCUCUGCUUCUUCAUCUACCUUUACAGCAUGAUCCUGGCACUGAUCAACGAUUGAGAUGCCCAUGGCCGUUUUAAUUCAAUCGGCCGAAUCACAAACUAUUCAGUAUGUGGUGUUCAAUAUGUUCUCAGUCCUCUGCUCAGCUGGAGUCACCUGACAUUACACUCCUCUGGACACCUAAUCAAUGCUCAGACCCCCCUCCCCUCCAUUACAUACCUCUGUGUUCUCAUAACUGCCCUGGAAUUGUGUGUGCGUGUGCUUUUGUUCAGCCUGUGUCCAACAAUGCUGUCCGUGCACUGCUCCUCUGGGCAGAUGGAAAACAUGACAAUCGUACAGGCUAGAUGGUGCAUACGAUUGGCUAACGCAUUUUCAGCCAAUCACAACAGCUAGCACAUCCUCUUGCAGCCUGCCGAACAUCAUCUUUGAUAUGUCAAUGCCAUAUUUGAUUGUCAUAUUUAUUUUUUUGUCUCUUGUCAUCAUGCUGGAAAAUCCUUGAAUUGAAUAUCCUUUUGCAGAAUACUAACCUGUGUUUUGGCAAUCUAUUUCUAUUAUAUUUUCUUGCAGUCUCUUAACAUCAACAUAGAUCUGACAUCCCCUGACUGCUGAAAGGCACACAUUUGAUUGGUAUUAUAAAAUAAAAAAGUGUACUCAGGGGAAUACAUGCACCUGGAUUGGAAAAUGUUUUUCAACCCUAUUUUUAUCACUCGACUGUGUAUCAAUGGGCAAUAUAACCUUGAUUCAAUCCGUAGCACUGAAGAGCUACGCUGUAGCGUGAUUUCAUUUAAGGUAAUUUCCAAUUGAGCUGACAUGUAACAUUGCAUUUAAAUUUGUGUAGUGCUUCAGAUUGAAUCAAAUCCCUUGUCUGUAUCAUAGUUGUAUUACAUUUCACUAUGUAUGACAAAAGCACAUUUACUACACAUCACUAUGUUAUUUGUGCAGUUUGAGAAUGACCAUGUUCCAGACAAAUGUAUUUCUCUAUGGGGAAGGGUGUGUGUUCAGAUUGAUUUAAACAAACUAAAAUUACUUUUUAUUUGUGCGGUUUCUUAAAUAAACUUGAAAGAGAACAA